AUGGCUAUUCCUGUAAUUGAUUUCUCAAAGCUUGAUGGUGAAGAGAGAGCCAAGACUCUGGCUCAGAUUGCUCAUUGCUGUGAAGAGUGGGGAUUUUUUCAGCUGAUCAACCAUGGGAUCUCUGAGGAGCUGUUGGAGAAGGUGAAGAAAGUUGCAUCCGAAUGCUUCAAACUGGAAAGAGAGCCGAACUUCAAGAACUCGAAGCCCGUCAAACUCUUGAACGAAAUAAUCGACAAAAAAAGCGACGAGAAAUUAGAGAAUGUGGAUUGGGAGGACGUUUUCAUGCUCUCAGAUGACAAUGGUGAUCAGUGGCCUACCAAAACCCCUGGCUUCAAGGAAACCAUGGAGGAGUACAGAUCAGAGCUGAAGAAGCUAGCUGUCCGAGUCAUGGAGACCAUGGAUGAGAACUUGGGCCUGCCCAAAGGCUACCUCAAUCGAGCCUUCAACGCCGGGGCCCAAACCGGCAACAAGGCCUUCUUCGGCACAAAGGUCAGCCACUACCCUCCGUGCCCCCAACCCGAAAGGGUAAAUGGGCUUCGGGCCCACACGGAUGCGGGUGGGGUCAUCCUCCUGUUCCAGGACGACGAGGUGGGGGGCCUCCAGAUCCUGAAGGACGGUGAGUGGGUCGACGUGCAGCCCAUGAAAAAUGCCAUAGUCAUCAACACCGGCGAUCAAAUCGAGGUGUUGAGCAAUGGGAGGUAUAAGAGCGUGUGGCAUCGGGUUCGGGCCAUGGGGGCUGGGAACAGGCGGUCUAUAGCCUCGUUUUAUAACCCGUCGUUCGAGGCCAAGAUCGGGCCCGCCGAGGGAUUGAUGGCCCAGUAUCCGGAGUUUGUGUUCGGGGAUUAUAUGUCGAUUUAUGCUGAGCAGAAGUUUUUAGCUAAGGAGCCAAGGUUUCAAGCUGUGAAAGCUAUGUAG